AUGUGCCCCCCAAGUUCGAGUCUUCCAGAAGACGACAAUGUUGAUCCUGAAAAGGCUGAAACUGACAAGAAUGUAGUCCCGCAGGCAAGGCCCAGCAGCGUUCGUCGUUCGUUGCGAAUGUCAUUGUCAUUGGUCGAGUUGGACCCGGAGCUAGAGGAGGCUCAAAAGUUGUCGUUUUCGGAAAAGCCGUGGCCGUUGUCCAUGUUUUCAGGUUUCUCGACGGAACGUGCCACCAUGGUGACGGGGCUGGGAUGUCUGAGCAGCUCGAUUGUUUUGGCCGUGCGAUUGUACCUGGAUCAUUCGCCGCGCGCCUAUUUGAUCCAUUCCAUCAUUGUCUUUUUCGACUGUAUUCUCAUUCACAUGUUUACACACUCCUUGUGGCUCAGUAUCACCGGAGAAAUCAUCACUUAUGUCUUCUUUAUCAGCUUUCACUUUACCAAGGAAACCGUGUGGGAAUUGCUGGAAACGACACUCCUCGCCGUUAUCAGCAGCUUUUACUUGAUUGGCAGUCGCAAACAAGUCAUGCAAGAACGAAAUGAACUAGAAGACGACAUUCACAGCCUAAGGCAUCGUGGGGCUCUCUUGCUACGAAACAUUAGUCAAGUUCACGCCGCCAUUCGAGAAAAAGAAAAAGAUCCACAUGCUUCCGUGCUCCUCCAAGUUCAGGGGGAACAGCAUCAGCUGUUGAACCAAGAAGAUGGAAAUUCGGAUACCGACGACGAAACCAUCGCGGACAAUAACAACACGAACAACAACGCGAACGGACAUCAUAUCGAGGCUGCACUCGACACAGAGUUGUCAAGAGAAUUGCUCAAGCAAGGAGAGUGCUCUUGCAGAAUCAAAACCUUCAAAGGGAGACUCAAUCAGUGGCUCACCCCAUUCACACCAGAUCCGGAAGCAUGCCCGAACAAGUUGAAAUGCUACAAAGAACUCUUCUUUGAGUACUUUUUGGAUGGAGCCGCAGGAGUCAUGUACACCAGUUUCUUGGGUCUCAUCAUUGAUGCCUUUCUCAAUUAUGGCAGCUCCAGCUACUAA